UCUUCCGCCCAGAGCUUAUUCCGUCGUGAUUUCGUUUCUGUUAAAACUUUUUCACCAACAUACGGAAAACAGUGGAACAACAUCGGGAUGAAGCAAACUACAUUCUUAUUAUCUGUGCUAGUGGUGUUUGUUUGUUAUUUGGAAUUUUCGGACGCUUGGAAGGGACGGUAUUAUAAGAUAAGACGCAGUCAAACAAUCAGAUGGGGCUACUGUGCGUGUUGGUAUAGACGGUGGGGCUGUUCAUAUUAUAGAUGGUAUUGGAGGACCCAAUAUUAUGACGAAUACCUUUGCCAGCCUGGAUGGACACACAAUGGGGAUCAAAACUGUAACAUACCGGUAUGCCGUCCAUCAUGUCAAAAUGGCGGAACUUGUGAAAAUCCAAAUUGGUGUAAUUGCCCAAGCACGCACACAGGAGCUACCACGGGUUGUACUACAGCAACUUGUUCAUACCAAAGACCAUGCUAUCCCGGCGAUUGUCAAGGCGGAACACAAUGCACUUGCGAAGCGGGAUUUGUCAAAGAAAGGUCAUCAGAUGGAUGUAUUAUUUUUAACUCCACUCAUACGGAGCUAAGUCCCAUUGUUGGCAAGAGCAAUGUAACAGUCUCUCACAUCAGAAGAACAGACAACAAAACACAGUAUAUGUUCAUACUGGAAGGCCUAGAAGAACAAGUCCCCGGCAAGUUAGAAGUUAUAUGGAGCAACCAGAAGAGAUUUAACAAUUUACGGUUUGAAUAUGAAACAUACUUUGUUCCUCCCGAUAACUUGCCUAAAAGGCCGACUUAUGUUCACGAAUCGGAAAUUGGUAUUGUAGAAAGUAUAAUUGAGGCGAACGUUAGCAAGGUGGCCAGAAAUGGAGGCAUAAUUAGGGAUCCUGGUAGCUUCCGCAUAUAUAAAUGUGAAGAAGGUUUCUCGAAAGACAGACCAGAAACAGAUCUAGCCAAAUGUGAAAUAAAUGAUGACCAGUUCAGAACACUCAUUGAGCAUGGGGACUGGUUGAAUAUAAAGUUUAAAUCAAAAUCUGGAGGAUUUCAACAACUAGUUAACAUCGACCAACAGAGUACACCGUACGCUAAGAAGUACUACACAGGUCUGCAGGAUGUAAAAGAAGUCCAGUUCAAUUUCGACUUUAUUGCGCCCAAACAUUGCUCAGAACCAGGUGCAUGGGGAACAUGUGAUGCAAAGUCAACCAUACUUUUAAUAGAAGAAGAAUUUACUAAGAACCCGAUUAAAAUGUUCUGGUCUGGGUGGACAGAUGACCUGUCAGGAGUAUGGGAAUAUUAUGUUGAGAUCUUCAAGUUGAGUCCGAACCCAAAAGACAAUUACAAACUUGUUGAAAUGAAACCAUUAUCGCCUUUGUUUACUAAUACUUCGACUCAUAGAAAAAACAUAUAUUAUCCAACAUAUAUGCCUGAUAAACCUGGAAUGUACAGUGUUCUGGUUGAAACUAGAGAUAUCGCGAAUAACUCCAGGACAUCUCGAAGACUUGUCCUUUUUGAUGACCAGUCUGAAAUUACUCUCAAUGAAAACCUGGAUGGAAAACUGUAUGUAAGUUCGGCUGUUGCAGAAACCGGAUACAAGUGGCAGACUGCUUCUGAAGGAGAAGAUAUUGUUAUCAAAGUCAAUUGGGCCAAUCAUUUUGUAAACAAAAUACACGAAGAUAAUAUGCUCCUAAAUGCUGUUGCAUCUUAUCCAAUACAAUUCAAGGAGAUACAGGACGAUGGCUUGUUGUUCAGCAUGAAAUACGUCAAUGAUUCACUGGACGAUCACGAAGGACACCGAACACUAGACCCGAUUACAAAUUAUCGCGGAAUUGUGAAAUUUGAAAUGGCCAAAGUAUACACGGAAGAUGUCACAGAACCAAUAUCUGACUGGGUUGUGGUGACACCAUUUAAAGAAGAAACUUCUUUUACUGAAAAGCUUAGGGACGGAAGCCGGGUCCGAGUAUGGAUUCGCGCCACGGAUGCAAUGGGAAACACGAAGACAAACAGCACAUUUAUGCGACUUGAUAGAUCGCCACCAGAAAUAUCAAGAGCACCUUCUUUAGGGGUUGACCAUAAAUUCAUAGCAAACGUCCCAGAUGCUACUACAUUCAAUUAUACGUCAAGGGCGACAUUUGUUGCAUCCGAUGACCAGAGUGGCGUGCACAAGAUUGGAUUCAAAAUCGGAAUUAAGACUGCUGGGAAAGAAGACAGAGUCGUUUAUGAAGGUUUCGCUAAAGCAACUAUUGGUGCAAAGGGAAAUCCCCUCUGCGAUAAUAUAGAAGGCACGUGUUUCAUCCCUAAUCAGCAACUGGAUUUGGACAACUGUUGGUUUCUGAUAAGCAAGAGUGACCUUGCAAAAAGUACAGCUUCUGUGGAAGUUACGGCAUAUAAUCAAGCAUUGCUAACGGCGUCGACAACAUUUGAUGUUGGUCCGGUGAAGAAUCUUCAAGGUCUUGAAAAAUAUAAUGGUCCAGAAAACAUGCGGAUCGAAUCACCUUCUCCGAAAGGUUUCCGUGUCGCAUGGGAUCUUCCAGAGAAAUCUUCAUGUUACGGAAGAGCUGAAAUAGUUUUAGUUUUGCUACGAAUGAAAGCCAACAAACAAAUUAAGCUUGAGACAUACUAUGUUCCUGGAACAAGCAAACACUACGAUAUUCUUGGACUAAAAGCUGUCACUGAGUAUUUGAUAAAUUUUGGAAUGAAACUGCCAAAUGCCUCCGCAGUUCAGGAGUCGGGCAUCACAUUGAGAGUGAAAACACCGGCACCACAAGAACAAGAGGGUACAAGCACAGGCUUAAUAGUAGGAGUUGUUGUUGGAAUGUUGGUUGUUGUGGCUCUUGUGGUUGUAGUAAUGGUCUUCCUAAUCCGACGUGGCUACAUACAUCCUGCCCAACAAGCCCAGAGUGUGAGAAGGGCAGUCAGUAGGAAAGUCCGAAGGACAAUGUACGGAGAUCUCGGUGAUUCCCGCCCAAGUGGCUCCAGGAAUGUCGCUUAUGAUAAUCGACAGAGUGAAUUGUACAUCUAUGGCGGAAUGGAUAUGGAAGCACCACAGAUAUGGCAUGUCGACAGAAAUGACGUCACAUUUGAAACAUUGAUCAAGAGUGGGCACUUUGCCAACAUCUAUAAAGCUAGACUUAAAAGAGGAAAAGGGUCAGGGGAUGUUGUUGUAGCUAAAACUUUGAAAGAAAGAUUCACACCUGAAGAUGAGUUGUUGAUGAAGGCCAAGAUCAACUUUACUGGCGGCAGAAUUGGAGACCAUCCGAAUGUCCUUAAGUUUGUUGGCGCAGUUGUCAGUGACGACGCUAUGGGGCCUUUUAUCCUUUAUGAAUACUGCGAGAACGGAACGUUGCGAGAUUACUUACUCGAACGUAAAGACAAUGUUAGCAUGGAUUUACAGGAAAACCUAUUCCGGUUUGGUCUUGAUAUAGCUAAAGGAAUGGAAUUUCUUGCUGCGAAAGGGAUCGUUCAUCGACGUCUGGCAGCCCGAAACAUUCUUCUCACCUUUCUUAAUGAGGUGAAGAUUUCAGGCUUCGGACCCCAACCUUCCGAAGAGGACGGAGGCGACUCGGAGAAAGGAAAAAAGGAACGUAUACCUAUCAAGUGGGUGGCACCAGAGUGCAUGGAAUCUACUCGUGAGGCAACAGAACAAAGCGAUGUUUGGUCGUAUGCCGUUGUCCUCUGGGAAAUAUUCUCCCUUGGUGAGACACCUUACACGGGAAAAGGUACUGACCUUCCGAAGAGAUUAAAGAAAGGUGAACGACUGUCUAAGCCAGAACAAUGUGACGAUACCUGGUAUGGCGUCAUGAGGAAAUGCUGGUCCUACGAAGCCCGCAAAAGGCCGAAAUUCUCCGACAUCAGACUGGAACUAGAUAAUCUGUUUGUGGCGUCCCCUGGUGAUGACUACUAUUUCUACAAGAGAUAAUCAUGCAGUCUUGACAAUGAACAUAGAAGCUUUAUGUGCAUAUAUAUUUGCUAUAUUCUUUAUUGUUAAGGACAUUAUAUUUUGUAUAUUCAUUCCUCGUGAUACUGGUUACUUCUUGUUCGAACUAAAAUGAGUUCUGAAAUGAAGUGAAAAUAAGUGGCUGCAUAUGUCAUUCUUAUCUUAAUUUCAUGUUGCCUGCUAGAUUAUGUGCAGUAAAUAUGUACUGAUUAAGAAAACAACACGAAUGUUUUUUAAAGAAAGAUUAAGUAUUCAUAUAAAUGUUUCCAACUAUACUUCACUGAAGUUAUAGUGGUUAGGUUAUUCAAAUUUGCUAAUCCGUUCGCCUGUAAAACAUGGACAAUGAAUUGUAAAGUCUCUAGAUGUUUGGUUAAUUUCUCUUAUUUCACAAGCAUAUAACCAAAUAGUACAAAUAUUUUACAAAAAAAAACAAACAAACUGAUUAGCUGUAGAGAAAUAACUUCUAAUUCAUUUGACAUUUAGCUAAACAUUCUACAUGCUCUGUAUAUAAUAUGGUCUGUAAUUUGACGGGCGAAAGACAUUUGGAUACAUUGUAAAUAGUAAAACGAAGUAUUUGCAUGACACACAGUUCUAUGUACUAGUGACAGCACUAUUAAAAUAAUUGUAUCAAAUAUUAUUGCUUGGAAACCUCAUUUAAUUUUGGUAUCAUUUUAAAGUGUACUGGUUACUGAAAAAGAGAAUAUAAAUUAAAUUCUGAAAAUAUGUUAUAGAAUUUUUACUUUUUUAAUUUAUAGUUUCCAAUGAUACUUCAAUUACAGUAUAAAUUAUAUCAUUUCGCAGUCGAAAACAUGACUGUAGUGAUUCGUACAUAUUAUAUAUGGUCAUCUUACUUACUCGUUCUUGCUCAGCAGACAUAACUCUUUCAAAUGAUACCAAACAAACAUGGGGUUCACAGGCACCGAAAUAUUGCCUAUUUGUGGAUCGGAUACCUUAACAACAAACAUUUUCACUUUUAUAUUUUUAACCCCACUUCAUAUAUGGACAACAAAAAUCAUAGAAAACGCUUCAUCAUGCUUAUACUAACAAAACUCGCUUCGAAUCACAUAGACCAACUAGAAAUUCUUUUAAUUGUUUAGAUAACAGACUGAUAGACUUACAAACUUUGUUAUACCAUAUUCAUUAUCAAAUAUGUUGAUUGUGUGACAUCUUACAAAUUUAUGACAAUAUAUGCCGGUAUACAAUGUAGUUUCAUAUGAUUUAAAUAUUAAUGAAAAUUGCCAUGACAAACUGUAAUAAUAUUAACGUUAUUUGUGUUAUCAACUGUUUGUUUUGUUUUAGCUUGAGUUUCAUGAUUUUUUUUCAAACUGUAAAAAGAAUCUACUACGUUCAGUUUUAUGUUUAAAUCUUACGUUUGUCAUUCCAAUAUAUACACUCCAGUAUGCAAUUUAAGGUAACAGUUAAAGUUCUUGGCCUUGUCUAACUUAUAGUGGAUUCCAACGUAUUUGCUCAUAACAGGUUUCUAUCUGAAUCUGUUAGCUUUCUUGUGUUUUAGAUAUUAAAUAAACAUUGAAAUUAUCGCCAUUUUUUUUUCCCGGUGUUGAUUUUUUUGUGGAAAUUGUUUGCUCCCACCUAUAAAAGAAACUUCUACUCCAAGACAUCACGUUAACACUUUGUUUUCACUAGACUUACUUUCUAUUUUUAUACUUUCACAAGCUGUAUUCACCCAUUACAUGUUAUCAUUUAUAAAACUUCUCUAUUCUGUAGAUAUAUUAAAUUAAAAUCUAAUACCAAA